AUAUUUAGAUGUUUGUUGCGUAGAAACCCUUCGUCAGCUCUGGCAGAUGACUGCAUCACAGCAAUGGCCGAGGGGCUGCAUUCAUCUUUUUAUAGUCAUUUUGCUUCUCUCCUCUGGGGUGAUGAUGAUUCUGCUUACUUGUCUAAUCCCCUUGUUGAUUCAGAAUGGGAGUCUUUUACUCGUGCAGUAAUAAAGAUUUGUACAAGAUAUGGAUCUCUACCUCCAAAACAACCCUCUAAAUUGCCUGAUACAGCAUGGGAAUUCUUAAUUGACAGUAAAUUUCACACCCACUAUUCUAAAAAGGCUUCAGUUUCAGGCAUUUCUUUCAUGAGCACAGCAAGUUUUAGAGGUGCUGAUUACACAGCUGCCUAUAUACAUGAUGAACAAAAUCAGGAGGUGGCAUUUUAUGCUCGGCUUCUGAGGGAAACCCUGGAUUCCUUGCAUGCCCUCUAUGAGAAUUUGAAGCUUGAUAAUUUGCGGAAACAAGAUGUGGAGCAUCUUGUUGCUUUAUUAUGUAACAUUGCUGCUGCUUUGGGUGAGGCUGGCUAUGUAGACUACUAUGUUCGUGACUUUCCACUUGUCUUAAUUGAAGUUCGUUCCUUCCCUUCCAGCACUGCUCCAAGAACUCCACCAUGCCUUUUCAGAUGGCUUGAAAAUUGUCUGCAGCAAGGAUGUUAUUCUGCUAAUUUAAGUGACCUUUCUCCUCUAUUGUAUAAACAUAAAAGUUGUGCAGUAAGCUGGGCCCGAAAAAUAGUUUCCUUUUAUAGUCUACUAUUAGGUGCAGAAAGAAAAGGCAGGAAACUCUCAACUGGAGUAUAUUGUGAGAUUGCUAAUGGAUCAGCGAGGACGCCUGAAGAACUUACUGUCUUGGCCAUGGUUGGUGAAAGAUUUGGGCGCCAACAGCUGGACUUACUGCCUGUUGGUGUAUCUCUUCCCCUGCGUCAUGCACUGGAUAAUUGCCGAGAAUCACCUCCAACUGACUGGCCUGCAGCUGCUUAUGUGCUGGUUGGCCGUGAGGAUUUAGCCAUGGCAUGUUUGGGAAUGUUGAGCAGAGAUCAUGAAUCUCAGACCAGAGCAAAUUUAAUAUCCAUUUCUGUACCAUACAUGCUUCAUUUGCAACCGGUGACUGUUCCUUCAUCAGUUUCUGAAGUCACAAGAUUGGAUGGUAUGAAAUCAGAGGACUCAGAUUCUCCCUGUAAAUCUGUCGAAGAUGGCAUGGAACACAUCUUCAACUCAGGCACACAACUGCGUUAUGGCCGUGAUCUGCGCUUAAAUGAGGUUCGGUGCACCCUUGACUGCCUUCAGGCACCUAUUUUAACUGCCAUGAAAGAUGUCAUCUCAUUAUUUGAAUGCAGUAUUAGUUCAUAUGCA